AAAAUCAAGACUAGAAAAUAUAACCUAAUUACUCAUAAGUUCAACGCGAGAAUUGUUGACGUACUUGAACAAUAACCCAGCGUUUGUACAGUUUAAUAAGCUAACAUUAUUACUCGCAUAAAUGUGUUACUUAGUUAUUAAUUACAUCUUAUUACGAUUUACUGCUAUGCUAAUUGCUUAAUCGCUUGUUUGGUCGAUAGCAAAGCACUCAACACAAUUCUUAGCAUUUUAUAAAUAUGUAUAUAUUUUUUGGGGUCAACAACUGUCAAUGCUGCCCAAGGUGCAGCAACAGCAGCGCAUGCUGUUGAAAGCGUCAUGAAAAUCAAAUCAUGCUAUGGAAAAUUCCCAAAACUCGCCUUGCUCCAGAACAAAAAAAAAAACAAUGAACUUGUGCAUGAGUUCUCUGAGGCGGCGAAGUGGGGAAGUGGGAAGCGGGAAGCGAGAGCGACAUUUGAGCAUGGGAAUGUGACUGGUUACGAGUUAACUACAAACGGGGUUGCUUCAUGACAGUCUCAUCGAUUUAACAGCAGCAACAACACGUAGAACACGAACACGCCUUAGUUAUCCUGACCUAGUCAAAGUUGCCAUUACGCGCAACUCUCCCGCUCUCUCGUACGCGCUCUCUCUCCCUCUCUUCUUAGGCUUGCUCUCUUGAUGCUCUCUGCACAGAAGCUGGAGACAUGCCGAAACUCACGUCAGCCACAUUGGCGACAGACAGCGUCGAAAUUCUCGGUAAAAAAGAUGAUAUGUCCUUUCCCCUGUCCUUGUCCCUGCAGCUGUCGCUUUCGAUGUCCUGCGGUCGCAUUCGCCUGCUUGCCUGCCUGCCUGUGUCAAGGACAUUCAACUGUGGUCGCGCGUUUCAUGGAUUAUGACGGCUUUAUUGAUUUUGUAUUUUAACGGAUUUCCCCAUUGUUUGCGACAUCCUUUUUCAUUUUCAUUUCAUUUUCAACAAUAAGGAUCCAAGGACAUUGCCGCCAAAACUAGCUCAAAUUGAUACAAAGUAUGUAAAACGUUAAAACAUAGAAUCUUAGAUAAACGACGGGCGGCUUUUUUCCUCGAACCUUUCCAUAUAAUUUGCAUAAAUAAGUUUACUUUGCACUCUUAAGUUGUUUAUUAAUUAACUUGAACCCAAAUCAUAAUUUCGUUGGCACGCAAAUGUCACAAGGACUCCCAUAAUUUUCUCCCUAAUCGUGAAAUCCUUGACACCUGCUACAGUUUUAAACAAUUUCCGUAAAUAAAAUCCCCAAAAGCCAUUAAAAUGUUGUCUGUGAAUCAGUGCAAAUCAAGUGCUAUAAAAGCGGGAAAAGCGACAAAGUUCAAGUAGUCUGAGCUCAAACGGAAGUCGAAGAGACAGGAAAGUAUUUCAGGUUUACUGUUGACAACGUACGUUGGGCGCCAAAUGCCUAAAACAAUGACUUGAUAUUCGCUUAAUCAGUACAUCACAAAUGGAUUCAAUCAAUGAUAAACCCAACCGAAAUAUAUUCGGUCUACGAGGUAUUUGGGCCACAAUUGUGCCGGUCAUAUUGACAACGCUACUUAUUGCGUUGAUUUUGUGGCUGCUACGAAAAUUCAUUGAAGGACCAUUCUAUCGCAAAAAGAAUCGCAUCGAUGGCAAAGUGGUCAUCGUCACCGGCUGCAACACAGGCAUUGGCAAGGAGACGGUCCUCGAGCUGGCGCGUCGUGGUGCCAAGAUCUACAUGGCCUGUCGAGAUCCCGCACGCUGCGAGGCAGCUCGCAUUGAGAUCAUCGAUCGCACCCAGAACCAACAGCUCUUCAAUCGCAGCCUCGACUUGGGAUCAUUGGAGUCGGUGCGCAACUUCGUUGCUCGCUUCAAGGCGGAGGAGACCCGACUCGAUCUGCUGGUGAAUAAUGCCGGCAUUAUGGCCUGUCCACGCUCCCUAACUGCCGAUGGCUAUGAACAGCAGUUUGGCGUUAAUCAUCUGGGUCACUUUCUGCUCACGAAUCUCCUGCUCGACCAUCUGAAAAAAGCGGCGCCUAGUCGCAUUGUGGUCGUCAGUUCGGCGGCCCAUUUGUUUGGCCACAUCGAUCGUGAGGAUCUGAUGAGCGAACGCAGGUAUGGCAAGUUCUUUGGCGCAUACAGUCGCUCCAAGUUGGCCAACAUCCUCUUUACCCGCAAAUUGUCCACGAUGCUUCAGGGCACCGGGGUUACCGUCAACUGUUUGCAUCCGGGAUUGGUGCGUUCCGAUCUGAAUCGUCAUUUUCGCGCACCUCGCUGGUUUCUCGGUCUGCUCAGCAUUGUCUCUCUGUAUUUCGUGAAAUCCCUGCGAGCUGGAGCUCAGACUACUUUGCGUCUCGCACUUGAUCCAUCGCUGGAGGCUUGCUCGGGGGAUUAUUAUGCGGACAGCAGGCGGUUUCCGCUGGUGCCGUGGGCACGUGACGAAAAGACGGCCAAUUGGCUGUGGGGGGAGAGCGAGAGGCUGGUGGGACUGGCGCACAACGUUGAACAGUCGACAGCACGUGAUGAUGAUGAUGAUGAAUCAAUUAAGACGGUCGUCGUCAGUGAAUAAUAGUUUAGUAGAAAGGCUAAUUGAUGGCGAGCGACCGUUAACUGGCACUUGAUAGAGGAACAAGAGACCCAUCCUAGUGAUUUCCUCAACGUUCAGUUCCAAUUGAGGACUUUGGUCUUGAUGAUAAACCGACUAAUGUAAAAAUUGAAUUGUAAAAACAUUUUCUCACAACCUCGAUGCCUAUUGAAUUCCCUAGUUAUGCAUACAAUAGUUGUUUUAAAUA